AUGUUGCAAUUGCUGAGGAGAUUUCAAUGUUUACGACGCUACUCGUCUGUGGUUUUGCCGGCGCCGGAUGUAAACCCACCGAUUCUGUAUACAGGCAUAUUCAUUAAUAAUGAAUGGCACAAAUCAAAGAGCCAGAAAACCUUUCCCACCAUUAAUCCCGCCACAGGCGAGAUAAUCGCUGAAGUACAAGAAGGCGAUAGCGCAGAUAUUGAUUUUGCAGUACAGGCUGCUAAUAAGGCUUUCAAAAGGAAUUCACCAUGGAGAACCAUGGACGCCUCCCAACGAGGAAUUCUUUUGAAUAGACUGGCAGAUUUGAUCGAACGCGAUCAGAAAUAUAUUGCGUCCUUGGAAACUUUAGACAAUGGCAAACCUUAUUCGAAUUCGUAUAAUGUGGACGUGCCUAUGAGCAUUGGAGUAUUGAGAUAUUAUGCAGGAUGGGCUGAUAAGAAUCAUGGGAAAGUGAUCCCAGCUGAUGGAAAGGUAUUCGCAUAUACUAGACACGAACCAGUAGGAGUAUGUGGCCAAAUUAUUCCGUGGAACUUCCCCGUUUUAAUGAUGGCGUGGAAGUUAGGACCAGCUUUAGCUACAGGAAACGUUAUUAUUCUAAAACCUGCUGAACAGACUCCAUUGACGGCUCUUUAUCUGGCACAACUGACUAAAGAAGCUGGAUUUCCUGAUGGAGUGAUCAAUGUUGUUCCUGGUUAUGGUAAAACCGGUGCAGCGUUAGUCGCUCACAACAAAGUCGACAAAAUCGCAUUUACGGGUUCUACCGAAAUCGGCCAGUUAAUAAAACAAACUGCUGCUACAAGCAAUUUAAAGAGAACUACACUGGAGUUAGGUGGAAAAUCUCCUAAUAUCAUUCUUAAAGAUGUCGAUGUAGAUACAGCGGUGGAAACAGCGCAUUUCGGAUUAUUCUUUAAUAUGGGUCAAUGCUGUUGUGCAGGAUCAAGAACCUUUGUUCAAUCGAAUAUUUAUGAUGAAUUCGUUGAAAAAAGUGCACUUCGAGCUAAAUCUAAAACCGUGGGAGAUCCAUUUGACUUGAAAAUAGAGCAAGGUCCACAGAUUGACGAGGAUCAGUUAAAUAAAAUUCUGGGUUUGAUAAAAUCUGGUAAAGAUCAAGGCGCUAGUUUGGUAACAGGUGGCGAACGCAUUGGCGAUAGAGGCUAUUUUGUUGCUCCAACGGUAUUUGCAAAUGUUAAAGACGAUAUGACUAUAGCUAAAGAAGAGAUAUUUGGUCCAGUUCAGCAAAUUCUGAAGUUCAAUGAUUUAGAAGAAGUUAUUGAACGCGCUAAUAACACCCAUUAUGGAUUAGCUGCUGCAGUUUUCACGAAAGAUAUUAAUAAGGCAAAUUACAUAGUGCAAGGUCUUCGUGCUGGUACUGUGUGGGUUAACACAUAUAAUGCGAUAAUUCCUCAAGUGCCGUUUGGUGGCUUCAAAAUGUCAGGACAUGGCAGAGAACUUGGAGAAUAUGGUCUUGAGGCAUACACGGAAGUAAAAAGCGUAAUUGUCCAACUUGAACAGAAAAAUUCAUAAACAGUCAUCAGAUAUUCCUACCAAAGAAUCA